CAUUGAAAUCAACAGAGAAAAAAUGGCCAUCAAAAGAAGCUGGGAAGACGACAGAGAGGUCGAGAAUCUAGCCAUGGCUAACUGCUUGAUGCUUCUAUCUCGGGUCGGUCAAUCGGAUUCACCACCCGAUCGGGUGUUUCACUGCAAGACCUGUAACAAGCAGUUUAAGUCAUUUCAAGCACUCGGCGGCCACCGUGCCAGCCAUAAGCGACCCAAAUCGGCGGAGAGUGAAGCUCAGUCGCCGGCGAAGCCCAAGACUCAUGAGUGUUCCAUUUGUGGUUUGGAGUUUGCGAUUGGGCAAGCGUUGGGUGGUCAUAUGAGGAGGCAUCGUGACGGUGGAAGUGGGCGGCCGGAGGUCGCGAGGAGGGCGGAGCCGGUGGCGGAGAAGAGAGGCUUGUGUUUGGAUUUGAACUUGACGCCGUACGAGAACGAUAUGAAGCUAUGGAGUAGUAGUGUUAAAACGGCUCUUGCUAUAUAAAACGACAUCGUGUUUAGGGAACGAAUGGAAGUUGACGGCUUUUGUGGUCAUCCUCAUUUUCUCAUAAAUGGACUGUACAUAUAUUAUGGAACAGGGUUUUAGAAGGGAGUGAUUUAAAUUUA